GUAUAAUUUCAGGCCAAAAUAUAUAAAUAUUGCCAAAAACUGUGGGUUUUUCCUCAGUUUAAUUCGAUCCGUCGCGAUGUGCUGCAAUUGUUGCAGUGUCCGCCAGCAGAAGAUCUGGGUUUUUGCCCUGGGGGGCCUGGCGUUUGUCCUGGGCAUAGUCUUGGUCGCCGCCUGGCCGAGCUUGUCGCGUCAGUUGAUACUGGGAAUGCUGCCGCUGGCCCCAGAUUCCUUUAUGUACAAGCGCUGGGUCGCAGCGCCCAUGCAGCUGUACAGUACGUUCUAUCUGUUCAACUGGACCAACCCGGAGGACCUGAACACGGAGGGAGUCAAGCCGAAUUUUGAGCAACUGGGACCGUAUACGUUCAGCGACUAUAAAGUGAAGGAGGACCUGGAGUGGGAUCAGCCGGAGGUGACCUACUACGGUCGACGCACUUGGCAUUUUGUGCCCGAUAAAUCGAAUGGGUCCCUCGAGGAUGUGGUUGUCACCCCAGAUUUUCCCGCUGUGACAGCUUCCUUUCUCUCGCGCAAGUAUCGACGCGUACUUCGGAAGGUAAUGAACUUUGCCCUCAAUCGGGAGGGUGGCUCCACCUUCAUAAGACAAACAGCCGGGGAAUCGCUCUUCGACGGGUACUACAACGAGCUCCUGGACUUCGUGGAGCAGCUGCAUUCCCCGCUGCUGCCCGUUCCCAGCGGCACCUUCGGCUGGCUCUAUCAGCGGAACCAGUCCAAGACAGCCGAGGGAAACUUCACCAUACACACGGGUCGUGGAGAUCGCAGCCGGAUGGGAGACCUGCUGCUUUGGAAGGGCAAAAACCACACCGGCUACUAUUCGGGCGAGUGCGGAAAGGUCAACGGCAGCACCGGCGAGCUGUGGUCCCCGCAGCGACAGUGGGACAGACCCACUUCUAUAUUUAUGCCCGAUACAGGACGCUUUCUAAACCUGUAUCCCACGGAGAACGUCACCAUCGAUGGCAUUGACGCCUGGCGCUAUGUCUCCACGGAACUCACCCUCGACAACGGACAGCUGUCGCCGGACACGAAAUGCUUUUGCGUGGGCCAGCGGGAGUGCCCGCUCAACGGCGUGCUGGACUUUUCUCCGGCCACCUAUCACGGCCCGUUCUAUAUGUCACAUCCCCAUUUCCACAUGACGGACGGCAUGUUCAGGGAGAACACGACUGGUCUGCAGCCAAAUGCCUCGGAGCACUCCAUGUAUGUGAUAAUGGAGCCCACACUGGGGGCACCUCUGAAGCUAAGGGGACAGCUGAUGAUUAGUGUGCGAGUGGUGCGCGACGAGGCUAUAGACUUCUUCAAAGAUGUGGCCUACGAUCAUUAUGCGCCCCUCUUUACCCUGGUCUUGCAUGGAGAGAUGGACGAUAAUCUGAGAAGUUCACUUAAGCUCGCCUUGAGUGUUCCACAAAUUGGCCAAUACACGGGCAUAGCCUUUCUCCUCGUAGGCCUCACCAUGGUGGCGGUGGGCGUUUACGUCUCUAGGAACCACAAAUGGCACAACGAACAAAGGCCCGAACCCAUUGAGGGAGUGAAAACAAACAACAAACAAGUCGACGCCACUCGGGGGAACCGAUAAGACUGGUUAUUCCGUACUCGGCGAUAAUCUCGCUAAUCAUAGCAAGUAUUUGCGGAGUAUUUAAAGCUAUCAGCCACUCAAAGUUAUUUAAAGACGGUGAGAGGUCAUAAAAAAUUCAAAUUACUUUCCCGGGGGGCUGGAUUAUCCAAUUUCGUUCAGGUGUUGCCCAGCUGCAAGCAUCUAGAAUUACACAAAAUUAUGGCCUUUCAAAUAUGCUAAAAUUUAUUAAUAUGUUAAUAAUUGUUUUUUGUUGUUUCGUUCGUGCUGCCCGUCCCACGUGCGAGGGCGAGGGCCUUGAGCACGUAAGCUGCAUACUUUACGGCGUACGAACUCUUUCACCAGGCAAAACCAAAGGCAGGGCAACAAAUACCGGACUGGAAAUUUGAAAAAUGCCAAAAGAAUAUUAUAAGCGACUAAUUUAUAUGCACCAAGCACGCAAACUUACGUUUUGCACACACAUUGUUUGGGCUCGGACGAUGGGAACCGAACCGAACGGAACGGAUCGGAUCGGAGCUCAGGUUAAACAAUGUAUGAAAAUAUGAAAAUUAUAUGAGUCCCACUAUGUGUCGGCCGUAACUUAAGUACAGGGGGCGAAGCAACGAGGCAAUAAAACACACAACAUUGUUUAAGAAUUCCCCGGAAAAAAACCCAACAAUUUUGAGCUUGGAGUAUCAGUUUCUAAAAUAUGUAAAAAUUUAGAAUAAAUUGCUGGCAUAAAUAAUAAUAAGCCAAUACAUGGUAAUCCAUUCUCUAAAUGAGAUUAAGCUUAAGGAAAGGAAAUGCAGUAUAAAAUAUUAUAAAUUAUAAAAUAAGAAGAAUCUAUAUUUUACUGCAAACCUCAAGCUAUUUGCUAUUGAUUCAAAAUGCAGUAGGACAUAAACAAAUGUUCUUUAUUUAAACACAAAUAUGUGGCAAAUAUUCUGGCAUAUUUUAAUUCCAAAAUUGAGUCCAUAAAACGCCCCCCAGAACCCUGACAAAUUGCCGGCAGGGCAGGACCGAAUGAAAACGGAUGUCAACACACGAGUAUUUACUUCAAUUUGCUUUCAUUGCUGUAUUUGGUUUACAGCUACAGCAUUUUGGUACAUUUUCUUUAUAAAAUCUUUGGACAACAAUUGAUUUAUGGUCGGGCGUAUAUUUAUAAAAUGUAUUAUUUACGCACUUUAUGGUAGUUCCAGUUGAAACCCCAUUUAUUUGCAUGUUGACAUCGAAUGUGUGAUAAUAGCAAUUUUAU